AUGUCAGCAGAUGACUUGAACGUUGCAAUAGGAGACGAUGACGGAUAUAACUCACUGGAAGCCCAAGACAGAAUGCGAGGGCGGCCGAGUCGCAACAUUUUGAACAACAAAGAAGUCAGUGACACUGAAAGAAAUAAAAGGAGAGACGAAUCAUCUGAAAAACUUGUCUGCCCCAUUCUAGGAGCAGACACCUUGCUACCAGCCUCUGCUAUUGUCCAGCCCCUCCAUCAGCCAUGUGCGCUGCCUGCCAUGCUGUCCGAUAGCCUGCCGUCUCAAGCUGUGACCAACUACGCGACGCUGAACUAUUACGUCAAAGUACCAAGCCUGUUAGGAAACUAUGUCACUGGAAGACCAGUGACUUACCUUGACUUGCGCACUGUGUGCUUGACACUGCAGCAUGCUCUUGAGCUCGCUGAACUUGGCCAAAUGUGGAUCACCAAGAAGAGUGACCCUUUGCCUAUCACUUACCUAGCCGAUGACUUUGUUGUCAUCUGGCUUCCGUUCAACAAUGGAAUGGGAGGUACCGUCCUCAGAAUCACACUUACCGUCAACAUGCUCAUUAGAUGCACCCUGCAAACCAUGUACAUCAAGGAGGGCAGUUUGCGCUCCAUGGUACUGGCAGAUGAGCACAUCAUCGGGUUGAUGUUGGAAAUUAAAGGCCUUCUGAGUAAGUACUUUAGCCCCCUCAGCAGCAAAGAACUUGUGCUUACCUAUGAGCGUUUGCUCAGGCACUUAGGUGCGCCUUUGAAGUCCGCCCUUAUUGAGAUUAUGGAUGACAUGCAACCAGGUUUACUCUUGGGUGGCAAGGAGGAGGAGAUUGAGUGGGAGGAGAUGCCUAAUGGCAUGUUCAAGAUCAAUCGCGAUGAAAUUAGGAAGGGGAUGGGCAUACAGGAGGCAUGA